UCUUUUUGCAGCCUACUAGGGUUAUUAGCGGUGUGAGAAGACAACAGAAUAUGCCUUUACACGAGCGUAUCAUACCGUAUUUAGAGACCGCGGGCUUAUAUCACUUGGCUAGGCUGAACAGUCAGUGGUUCUGGGUUGAUGAGCCUCUACUUAGCGCAUUCAUUGAGAGGUGGCGUCCUGAGACCCACACCUUUCACAUGCCCUUUGGGGAGUGUACGGUCACCUCGGAGGACGUGGCCUAUCAGCUGGGUUUACCGAUUUAUGGUGAGCCUGUGAGUGGGUGCCUUAGUGAGUUUGAGAAUUUCAUGGAAAACGGAAGACCGGCAUGGGUGUGGUUCCGCGACUUGUUUGGGGAGUUACCUCCGCAGAAUAAAGUGAAGCAGAUGACAGUGUGCUACACAUGGUUCCAUGAGCGGUUUCGGGUUUUGCCAGCAGAUGCUACUGACGACAUCGUGCGUAUAUACGCGAGAGCCUAUAUUAUGAUGCUGUUGUCAUCUCAGCUGUUUGCGGACAAGAACGCCAACUGUGUCCACCUUCGCUGGUUGCCUUAUGUGGCAUCGUGGAGGACUUGGGUAGAUAUAGCUGGGGCUCGGCCGCGCUGGCGUGGUUGUACAGAUGUCUUUGUCGUGGAACAAACAGAAACGUUGUCAACUUGGCUGGGCCACUACAGCUUCUACAGUCUUGGAUCUUUUGGAGAUUUCCUUGUUUGAGGCCUAGUGGUUUCAACAUAUUCGGGUUUCCACUUGCAUCCAGGUGGGCUGAGUAUCUACCGAGGAACGAUGCAGUAGAUCAAAGAGUGGUGGCUGCAACUGCCUUCUGUUUUGCUUUCCAA